AUGCUCGGCCUGUGCCUGUAUGUGCCUGUGUCCAACGCGGACCCCGUGGAGGUGGAGUACUUUGAGUCCAACGGGCUCCCGUCCGAGCUCCAGUCGCUCUUCAACAAACUCAGCGUGUUCCUUCCUUCUCAGGAGUUCUCCGCAUACCAGAAAUGGAGAAAGAAAUCUGUGCAGACGGAGGAGGGCGGUGCGGAGGGGCAGCUGGACUUUGAGGAGUUCGUUCAUUACCUGCAGGAUUACGAGAAAGACCUGAAGCUGGUGGUGAAGAGUUUGGACAAGAGAAAUGCAGCUUCAGUCGAUCCUCGAGAGUUCGUGGAGUCUCUUCGUGAACUUGGCGUCAACAUCUCGCUCCAACAAGCGGAAGAAGCUCUGACAAGUAUGGACAAGAACGGCACCAUCACCAUCGGGAGCAAAGACUGGAGCAACUGUGCGGUGGAGACGGACAACAUCCCAGAGAUCAUCCUCUACUGGAAACACUCCACGAUCUUCGAUUUGGGCGAUAACCUGCUGGUUCCCAAUGACUUCACGCUGGAGGAGAAGCAGACGGGGAUGUGGUGGAGACACCUGGUGGCCGGAGGUGGCGCUGGAGCAGUGUCCAGGACGUGCACUGCGCCUUUGGACCGCCUCAAAGUCAUGAUGCAGGUUUAUGGAUCCAGGACCAACAACAUGUGCAUCAUGAGUGGUCUGACUCAGAUGAUCCGUGAGGGAGGGGUGCGCUCGCUGUGGCGCGGGAACGGCGUCAACGUGCUCAAAAUCACUCCUGAAACGGCGCUGAAGUUCAUGGCGUACGAGCAGAUCAAACGGUUGAUCGGCGGCGAUAAAGAGGCUCUGAGCAUCUGGGAACGUUUCGCCGCUGGUUCAAUGGCGGGAGUCAUCGCCCAGAGCACCAUCUACCCCAUGGAGGUGCUGAAGACUCGUCUGGCUCUGAGGAAAACCGGGCAGUACUCCGGGAUUUCAGACUGCGCCAAACGGAUCCUCAGGAGAGAAGGACUCGCCGCGUUCUACAAAGGCUACGUCCCAAACAUGUUGGGCAUCAUCCCCUACGCAGGCAUCGACCUGGCCAUCUACGAGACCCUAAAGAACCGGUACCUGCAGCAGUCCAGCUCCUCAGACCCCGGGAUCUUGGUGCUUUUAGCCUGUGGCACCUUGUCCUCCACCUGUGGACAGCUGGCCUCUUACCCCCUGGCUCUGGUCCGCACCCGCAUGCAGGCACAAGCUGCCUGUGACGGGGACAGCAGAGCCUCCAUGUCCAGUCUGUUCAGGCAGAUCCUGCAGACGGAGGGGCCCUCGGGUCUGUACCGAGGCCUGGCCCCAAACUUCCUGAAGGUCAUCCCCGCCGUCAGCAUCAGCUACGUGGUGUACGAGCACAUGAAGACGCAGCUCGGGGUCACGUCCCGCUGA